GGUCAUGAGAGAUAGGGAGCGGGAGCGAGAAAGAUAGAGGGGAAGGCGGGAGCGGGAGCGUGGCGUAGAUUCAGAGAGAGAAAACAAUAGAAAUAGAAGAUUAUUAUAACUACAAUGAUGGUGAUCGUGACAGGAACAAUGAUUACAAAUACCAUAGACAUGAAGAAACUUAGAAGAUUAAAAGGGAGGAGGUUGACGAAGAGGCAUAUCAAGACAAAAGUGCCUUGCAAGUUGAGGAGGACGAUGAAGAAGAAGAUUUGAACAGAAUAAAGGAAGAGAGUAGAAGACGUAUUCAAGCCAUUCUUGAAAAGUACAAGACUAAGCUAAUGCAGCAGCAGCAGCAGCAGCCACUGCCACCUCAGUUAGGGGAUGAAGGUAAAGAGAAUGUGGAAGAGUCUGUAGGUGCAGCUAAUGUAAACUCACGCGAUCUUGACGGUGAAGGAGAAGGGUCUGAUACUAACAUUGGUGACACGCCGUUUUUGGUUAGGAGAUUGCCACCACAAAAUGGCAAUUCUGGCGUUCAGAGGGCAUCUGGUGCUGGUGGUCUGGGAGAGGGUACCCCAAAGAGUGAGAGAUCAAACGGGGAUGAUAUAUUUGGAGAAUCUACACCUAGAGCACGUGAAAUGAAUGAGAGAUCAAAUGACAUGUUCUCUGAUGAUAUAUUCGGAGAAUCACCAGCUGGAGUGCGAAUAUCUGGAAAGGGUGACGGUUUGACCGUUCAGAGAAGUGGUCUUCAGGAUAACUGGGAUGAUCGGUUUAGUUAUGCACUUAAUAUUAAGUGAUGAUCGGUUUUAUCGAUUUAUUUGGUUUAAACAGGUGUAAAGCUGGUUUAGAGGAGUUGGUGAUACUGAAGAAAUUAGUCGGUGCUGAUUUGGAGGACAUGCGUCAUUGCGUUCGGUUUCUUUCCAGUUUCAAGCACCGGAAUCAUCUUUGUUUAGUUUUUGAAUCUCUUCAUAUGAAUCUUCAUGAAGUGUUAAAGAAGUUUGGUCGUAAUAUUGGUCUGAAAUUAACUGCUGUACGGGCCUAUGGUAAACAGCUUUUCAUUGCUCUAAAACAUCUUAGAAACUGUGGAGUCCUUCAUACAGACAUCAAGCUUGAUAACAUGUUGGUCAAUGACGCCAAAAAUGUUCUAAAGCUUUGUGACUUUGGGAAUGCUAUGUUUGCUGGGAAAAACGAGAUCACACCGUACCUCGUGAGUCGGUUUUAUCGUGCCCCUGAAAUAUGUAAGCACUAUAAUUAUGAUAAUUUAUCAUAGAGUAAAGUACUCGGAUGGUCCCUGUGGUUGACCAAAAUUGUGGAUUUUGUCCCUAGCUUUCCAAAACUACACAAAUGGUCCCUGUGGUUUACGUUUUGUAACACAUAUAGUCUCCAAAAGUACAUGGAUGGUCCCUGUGGUUUGCACUUUUUAACACAUUUAGUCCAUAACUUAGUCCUGCUGAAACCUUUAGAUUUGUUAGCUGGGGAGUAAAUGUGUUACAAAGGGCAAGCCACGGGGACCAUUCGUGUACUUUUCAAAAGCUGGGGACCAAAUCAAAAAUUUUGGUUAAUCACAGGCUUUAUAAAUAGUUUUCGAAAUGAGCCGAUCUUGAGUUCUCGAAAGUUGAAGGAGCCGGACUUGAGCUUGGCUUCUUAACACCUUUAUUGGCUACUUACUUGAGCUCCUGUAAGUUUAUUGUCCCAGCUAAGAACACCAUAGGUUAGGAAAGGUGAUACAUCAGGAGGGGAAAGUGAUCCUAAUGACCAUAGUUGUUGGAUGAGACCAGAAGACAUCGACUACGAACGACCUGUGACCGAAUGCUCAAGACAUCGACUACAUCCUAUGCGUUCAUGACAAAAAGAAUGCUGAUAAGUUGAAGCAAUCUCUUCCUCUUGACUACAGAAAUGACCCGAAUUUGUAAUAAAAAGUCGGGACUGCUACGCAAAAACGCGGUAUUUUACGUCUAUUUGACAUUUUUUUCUUCAUACUGUGUUUAAUGCAGGUUUGAGCAUGCAAGACCUUUAAGCUGUAUCUUUCAAAGAUUCGAAGACCUUUAAGUUAUUGUUAUGUGGUUAGUUAAUGAUUGUUUUGUUUGCUAUAAGGGAUAUUGUAGUGUUUAAUUUUAAAUUUUUUAUUAUACUUGGUUGACGUUAAUGUUAAUUUAAUUUGGAUGUAUGGAUGUUAAUCUUAAA